CACAUCAAGUCAUAACCAAAUCUAGCCUAAAAAAACACCCAAUGGCUCCAUUGUUGGCCUUAGCGCUCAUUUUAUUCCUAUCUCUUUCAACAAACGCUGAAGAUCGGGCUCACGGCCUAAGUAGUGAGCCCCCGGUUGCAAUCUCCCCAGAGGCAUUCGCAUUUUUCCACCCGGAUGCUAAGCAGCAUCCGAGUGGAGCUAACCCGUGUGACUCGUCACAUUGUACCAAAUUACCUCUAGCAGCCACUGUGAAGUCGGCCCCAGCCCACGAGAGCCAGAGCCCGAGCCCGACCAGCGGGGGGCACGGGCUGGGAGCUGGUGGCAUCGCCGGAAUUUCCCUAAGUUUCCUGUUUGUGGCCCUCGUCGGAAUGGGAGUUUACCACGUGAUGAACAAGCGGAAAGCUAACAUCGACAGAGCCAAACCAGAGCAACUAGGAGAAGUUUGACACAACAUAACUUGGGAUUCUAUCAUAAUCAUAAUCAUAUAUAUAUAUAUAUAUAUAUAUAUAUGUAGUUUGUGUAUUCGAUCUCUUCAUAAUUUAGUUUGUCAGUGUUGACUGGUGGAUUUGUGAAGUAACAUGCUCUUCUAUUUUCUCA